UUGGAAAAUGCACGUGUGCGGUAUCAAAAACACUCACAAACAUACACAGGCUUGCUGUGAAGUACCGUGUUGUUUCUACUGACAAGUGAGCCAGCAGUACAUACAGUACUUACCUGUUCUGAAUCGUUGCGCUAUUACUUCCUACGAUGCCCAAGGCAAAAGCAAGAUCUACUGCUUUUAGCUUUACAUGAAUAAGCUGCAGCAUUCGCCCAUACAAAACGGAAAUUUUGGGAGCACUUCGAGAACAGGCCUAGAUUUACAGGUACAUAAUAAUGUAUCACGUUUUGCCCCGAUUAGCCUAAAUUGCUUAGUAGUAGUGUGAUCAGUGCUCUCGUCCGGUCCGCGCAGUUUUGUUUGUGUUAACAAGUAACAACUAUGGAUUCCGGCGUCCACUCGCCAUCAUGUCCAGGAUUUUUAGAUUUGCCAUGGGAGCUUAUGGAGCAUAUUAUCCUGCAGAAUUCGUUGUCGUUCCGCGAUAUGGUAUCCACGAUACGUGUAUUAGCACCGAAUGAUCAAACGGUGAAGUGCUUUGUCGCGUCGGCAAAUUAUUCAGAAACGCUGUGGGAGAAGAAAUUCAGGCGCUUAUAUCCUGAUCUGUACCGCAUUUUUGUGCAGUAUCCGACCAAUAAAUUCUGCCGAAAAAUUGACUGGUACUCGCUGCUGCAGACACGUUAUGAAAUUGGUAAAGAAAUCGGUCCAGUACUGCGUGCCAUGCGAACUGACGCCAUGUAUUCUUAUCUGGAAACGGCUGGCCAUCAGCAGGACAGGCUGAUUACUCAUUGGCUGGAUUCUGACCCAGGCGAUAUACGCUAUCCCCGCAGCGAGCGGGAAACCAGAUCGCCCAAUGCCGGUGUACUCAACACUGCACUGGAUUACAACUUCCACAAGGUCAGUUCAGUGCCGGAGGAUGUGGAUCAGUGCAAAAUAUGUACGGAGUGUCAUUAUGGACCGGCUGCCGUAGUUACUUCCUUUGUGAUGCAAAUGUCCGGAGCUUUAAACACUGAUAAUUCUGAGACGUUUAGACUUCAGAAAUGCGGUCAAGUGCAGCAUCGUAUGACGGAGCUUCUUCUUCGGUCCGGCAAAAUUACGAAUCCAUAUUGGUUGGGUGAAAAUGGCGAUCAUAUCGUGACUAGUACUGUUGCUGCGGGUUGGCUAAUUUUGGAUGCUUGCCGAGAAAAUAUCGAAAAUCUCACGAUAUCCGAAAAAAAGACAAACUUGGCGCACACUGGGACAAUAAAUCACGGCGUGCAACUUAUGCGGAUGUGCCAGACUAAGGUGUCAACUAUGGAAAUUUGCUCGGGAUUUCUCUCCGUGUUAUCUCAAAUUGCAAGCGACGACUUGCACGCAUUUGGUGGAACGUGCGAUGAAUUUUUUGUUUGCUUGAAUUUUUUACAAGCCUGCUAUCCGUUAUGUUCGGAUGUAGUCGGUAAAUUUUAUUCGAACGUGUGGAAAGCCGCAUCACGGGUCCGAAAGCUUAUGGCUCAACGGAAACAUUACCCAGUUCAAGGCAUGGAUUUUAUCCAACUUGUGAUAUCGUGGAUAAGUCAGGCUGUGCAGGAAAUGGGAACGGAUCUCCUGCCCGAUGAACUCGCAAUAGCAAGUGGUGCAAUUUGCAACUUUCCUUACACUGCCGUUGUGGAAACCUGUCCGUCGAUUUUGACCUUUACGUUUUUAGCCAAAUGUUUCCUUGCCCGCGAUAACAUUGCUGUAACGCUAAGGAAAUUAUGGCUGAAUAUUGCAGCUACGAAUCCAGAAGGCAGCCAGGAUACAUAUCGGAAUAAAAUUUACAUUGUGCUGCCUUGUUUUACUGUUGAAGGACGCGAUCAUUUGUGUUUGCCUUACCGGCAAAAUGGACGUUUUCCCGAAAUCUUCUGCGAUUAUGCUGUCUUGGCGGCUGCUCUGCAUAAAAAUUUGUUUGAUGGAAUAUACGAAUCAUUCGGAACGGUUCGGGAGUUAAGAAUAGCAUCGCUUGCAAGUACAGGCCUCGUUGAUCAUCUACAUGACUAUUUAACUAGCGACUUCCAUCAGCCGGACACUUGCAUUGCCCGCGCUGUAGCAAAAAGAUCAGAGUCGUAUGGAGGAAUUUUUGUGAAGGAUCAGCGUGCACUAUUCGGCGAAAUAAGUCCAUCUAAUUUCGGAUUUUUCGCUGAUUAUUGCAGAAUGCAAGCUACAACUGAUACGAACGCUCACAGUGAGCGGCCUGUGCGAAAUUCCCCGGCGACGUACGAAUCUGAAUGCACGUUGCCUGUUGGCACCGUAGUCAGCAUGAAAUAUCGAAGUUUUAUACUGGAUAUCGAGGACGACAGCGUGGAUCACUUAGCCGUAAUAGUUAAUUGGAAAUCAUCAAGAAAAGCUGGCGUUUCUGAUGAAGGAGGCGCUCAACGUAUCCGUUACUGCCUGUUGUGCCUCGACUCUCCUCAUGAAAAUGACCCGUAUGUUCCGCCCGCCUGCGCAAAACUUGCCGCGAAGAUGACCGUAGUUGACAAUAUUCCAAUCCAAGUCCAGGCGCAUUUGCACACAAACAUUGUUCUCUGGGCAUUCUUUAAUAGUUUUGAUGGAAUGUUUCUUGUUCCCCAACCUGCUUUAAAAGAAAUGUAUCCGGACGAUUAUAAAAAACAAGAUGUUAUUCGAGCCUUAGCCGGGCAUACGGCUCGCGACCGUGUCAUGUAAUGCGCAUAAUGUUGCUUUUAUGUUAAAUGGGAUGCCUGCGAUGCCGCAUUAUAGUUGUAAAUAGUUAAGAGAAAUAAUAG